GCACUCGUGCCCAACCUAUGCCAACAGAAAACGAUACCACAAACAAUUCUUCUGAUCCUAUGAUAAUUGAUAAUGAACCAAAACGAAUAAAAUUGGAUGAUCAAACUAAUGGAGGCACGCGUCGAUCUCGGGGUCAAUUCUACGUAGAGACUCCAGUGUUUUCGAGCGUUGAUUGGAAAUCUAUAGAUUUUAUAUUAAUUACAAAUUAUAAAAAUAUGCUUGCUUUACCUUAUAUAACUGAAUAUUCGGAAUUUAAAGGAAAGAUUUAUGCAACGGAGCCUACGGUUAUAUUUGGACGCCAAAUGAUGAAAGAAUUAGUACACUUUUUUGGUGAAAGUUCGGUUCCAGGCUCCUCUCGACAUCGUAUGCAAGCCAAAUCCGAAAAAUCAAAUAUCUUUUACGGUUUUACCGAUGAAAAUAACUUGGCACAAUCACUAUAUUCAAUGUCAGAUGUACAAUCAUGCGUUGAUAAAAUCCAGCCUGUCAGAUAUGGUGAAAAUCUUGAUUUAUAUGAAGUUAAAGUUACUGCACAUAGCGCUGGGUAUUGUUUAGGCAGUGCUAAUUGGUCUAUAAUCAAUGAUACUGAAAAGAUUGCGAUGAUAUCCUCCUCUUCUAUAAUAAAUGAUAUUCAUCCAUUACCAUUUAGCAAAUCUGUAUUGGAUGAUGUUGAUGUCAUUAUAUUGAGCGAUUUGUGCGAUUCUCAUAAUGAAAAUGACUUUAGAUUGGAAUCCAUUUUACCAAUUUUACAUAAUAUCGGAAAUUAUGCAGGACUUGAUGGUGUUCCAUUUUAUGCAAUUUCCCCCAUAGCGGAAGAAUCGCUUAAAUAUUCAUUUAUUUCAGGUGAAUGGAUGUGUGAAGAAAGACAGUUACGGAUGUAUAUCCCAGAGAAUCCGAUGGUUCAUAAAGAUAUGUUUGAUAAGAACCUGUUAUACUACGCCGCUCGUGCUGAUAGUUCUCUCCAAGAAAUAUAUCAAGAACCAUGUGUGGUUUUUGCGGGACACUCUUCCUUGCGAAGUGGUGCAGUAAUUAAUUUUAUUAAAAAAUGGGGAAAUAAUCCAAACAAUGCUAUCAUUUUCAUAGAAUCAGAGUUCAACUUUAAGGAAACUAUUUCGGCAUUUGAUGGUUUGCAAAUUAAAACCAUGCAUAUUCCGAUCGAUAUUCGCCUUACAGUUGAGCAAGUAGUCGAAAUGAUUAAAGAAUCGCGACCUCGAGAAGUAUUGUUCCCACACAAAGUUGUAAAAAAUGUAGAUGACAUACGAAGACAAAUACCAUCUUCAUUGAUUACAUUGUACGAACAUUUAGACAUUAUUAAUAUAUCUGUAAAUUCGCAAUAUAAGAGAACUUUUAUGACAGAAAAACUAGCGUCUGAAAUAUAUACAACAAACAUCGGAGAAACAAAAAUUGCUGCAUUAUAUGCAAAUCUCAAAACAUAUAAUAAUCAAUCCUCCUUAGUUCCUUCUGCAAAUAGUCAAAUAUUAAAACGAACAUAUGUGAUCGGAAAUAUUAAUAUACCGAACUUAAUAGAUAAAUUAACUGAGCAGUUGUAUGGUUGCCUUAUUACAUUGGAGGAUGAUACAAAAACUGGAAAGUGUACCAUUUAUGUUGACUCUCCAAAGGUUGUUAUCUCUUUGGAUGGUAACAAUAUUAAGGUUGAAACUAGAGAUAACCGUACUAGAAAAUUGGUUUCAGAUGUUUUAAACCAGUUACUGAUAACAUUUUGA